CGACAUGCGGGCAGGUACCGACGGAGAUAGAAAGCAUGUUCCAGGGGUUCUUCGGCCUUUACUCCAGUUGCUUUAAUAAACCAUCUUCCGCUCCGAGUAUAUACAGUUGAUCCUUUGCAUCGUUCAGCAAUAACAUUUCUUCAUUUUCAUCGUUAUCCCCAAACGAAAGCAUUCGAUCUAAUACGACUACUGACAUUGCUUCUAUAUAUACAUCUUGGUGGACGAAAUGGCACCCUCUCUUGAAUCUUUAAGUCCAUACAUAAAUGGUACUUCUGCCAUGGGCAACGGGUUCACAAAUGGAACCAACUACCCUGUGCCAAAGCUGGAACUUCAUCCUGAAACCACCCCGACAUCAUCUACAAGAGUGCAGACUCACCCAUUACUGCCUUCUGUUUCUGAUGAUGAGCUGCAUGACCUUAUUUGUGUUGGCUUUGGCCCAGCAUCACUCGCCAUAGCCAUUGCUCUUCACGAUCACCUGCUUGAAACUACUCAUUCCUCAGAUAUCACCACUCUCCCAAAAAUCUGCUUUCUAGAGAAACAGUCGAACUUCGCGUGGCAUUCUGGCAUGCUUCUUCCUGGGUCAAAGAUGCAAAUCUCCUUCAUCAAGGAUCUGGCUACCAUCCGCAACCCCAGAAGCGAGUUUACCUUCCUCAACUACCUACAAGUUCAUGAUCGCCUCCUUGAUUUUGCCAACCUCGGGACCUUCCUCCCUGCCCGUAUUGAAUUCGAAGACUACAUGAAGUGGUGUGCGAGUAAAUUCGCCAACCUUGUCAGAUACGGAACCGAGGUCCUCGACGUCACUCCUUCGGAUGUCGACCCUGUGACUGGCAAGGUUCAUUUCUUCACUGUCCGCUCUAAGGACUUGGAGACUGGUGCAGUAACUACUCGCAAGGCCCGUCACGUAGUUGUUGCUAUCGGUGGAAAGCCAAAUAUUCCAGCGGAAUUUCCAACGAACUCAAGAAUCAUUCAUUCAUCCGCCUACUGCACCACCCUUCCCAGCCUUCUUAACAAUACCCUUAAGGAGUACAGCAUUGCUGUUGCUGGAAGCGGCCAGAGCGCAGCUGAGAUUUUCCAUGAUCUUCAGAAAAGAUAUCCAAAUGCUAAAACCAGCCUUAUCAUGCGAGACUCGGCCCUCCGCCCGAGUGACGACUCCCCAUUGUAAGUAAAAGCAAGAUUUCGAGGCUAGGCAAUGUGGCGUUACUGACAUAGUCCCAGUGUCAAUGAGCUCUUUAACCCCGGGAGGGUGGACCAGUUCUUCAACCAGAGUGAGAAGGAGAGACAGCUCUUUCUCAACCGCCACCGCUCCACCAACUACAGUGUUGUAAGGCCGGAGCUUAUUGAACAAAUCUACGCAGAUAUGUACAUCCAGAAAAUUCAAUACCCAGAUGAGACUCAAUGGCAACACAGAAUCUUCUCUUCCUGUCUGAUCUCCAAGGUCGAAUCAGAUAAGAGCGAGAAACUCAAUCUAUCAUUGCAGCACUGCCACACUGAAAACACCACCAUAAACGGAACCCACAAUGAGGAGAUGAAUGCGGAUGUCCUGAUUUUGGCAACUGGUUACGUACGAAACGCCCAUGAAAGCAUCCUUGCUUCCAUUGAGCCUCUUCUAGCCCAAAAACACAUGGGAUGGAAGGUCCAGAGAAACUACAGACUUGAGCUGGAUAAGAGUCAGGUGGAUGUUGAUGCUGGAAUCUGGCUGCAAGGGUGUAAUGAAUCUACUCAUGGUCUUAGCGACAGUCUUCUAUCAAUUUUGGCAGUCCGAGGCGCGGAGAUCGUUCAAGCGAUAUUUGGUGCCCAGCUUUCUAGUGAAAAUUAGCCUGGUA